AUGUCGGACGACGGCGCUAUGCCUGCACAACACUUCGUCAAGCUCCUCUUCGCGACGUACCCGGCCGCGACCGCGCAGCUCCUGGCGUCGGAGGACAAGGCUUUCUUCCUCGCCAUCUCACAACGCCCGGGCCAGAAGCCGGUCCCUUUCAUUCCUGUUCUCGAGGUGUCGUUCGAGAGGGAUUUCGUGGGCAGCCGAGGACAUCGAGGCCGCCUUCGCCGAGAACCCCAGCGUGCGUGCACCCUCCGGGGCCCUGUGGCGGCGAAACAUGCUGCGAAGAAGGACGAGCCGGUCAAGGAGGUGCUCGACAACAUCGCCGCGUUCCUCGCCGACAGGUUGGCGCAGCGCCUCUACGGCGGCGGCCUCAGUCGCAUUCCGACCGCCGACCAUCUCAGUGUUAGGGCCUCCCCUCUCCCGGAGAAUGUCACCGGUUCACUUGGCGUCGAACGCUCUGUUGAGGCCGAUAAGAACGCCUGCUCCGUUGGGUGCACGUCGCCCGAGGCGUCGACUUGGCUUGAGAUGCUCGCAGGCCCUCGUCAGCAGCAUUGGCUGAGUGCACUCCUUACGUCAACGACCGUGCAGGGUGCAUCGCACGUCGACAACCCGAUGCGUCGCCUCUUCGUUCCUCGUCGGAGCCAGAUGGUCGUCAUGACCUUGGACGGCGAGACGCCUGUGACCGUCGCCCUCUAUGGCGCGGCUUGUUCGCACGGCCAGCACAAGUCCGAACUCAAGGUUGCCGUGGUUAGAUAUGAUUCGGCAUCUCAGGCGAUCGACGUCACACUGUUCGAGGAUCGCCGCGACGUCUCUUCCCUCUACAAGCCGAGCAUGGGCUACGCCAACAUCCAUGACGCUUCCGAGGGCGUACCAAGGACCUCUGCUGGAGGCUGUGGUGAGGCGAACGACGUCGAGGCGUUCUGCGCCGUGGUAGGUAAUGAGGGCGAGGCGUUCAAGACAGCACGGACGGGCCGGAACGAGGCCCCGAUGGAUUCUGCGAUCGUAACUGGCUGGCAGGCCACCAUGAAGGCAAUCUUCCCAGCCACCAUCGAUGACGACUUGCUCAAGCCGGCCCACCUUACGUGCGGGUUCCGACGUUCUCGAGGGUGGGGGGCCACACUCAAGGCCGGCGACGUCUGCAAGGCGAGGGCUCGUAUCGUCUCUGUGGCCAACUCCGGCUACGGGAAUCCUGGCAGGCGUCGCGGAGAAGGAGGCUUUGGGUAG